AUGCUCUCCAAAGCCACCCACUUUCUGAAGACAUUCUCCACCAUGGCAACAGUUUACUGCCAAAAUAAACUAAAGCUAGCUUUAAUAGGCCAGAGUCUAUUUGGACAAAAAGUCUACCAGCAAUUACAAAAAGAAGGACACAAAGUUGUGGGAGUGUUCACAGUCCCAGACAAAAAUGGAAAGGCUGACCCUUUGGCCUCUGCUGCAGAGAAGGAUGGGAUCCCUGUGUUCAAGUUUCCAAGGUGGAGAGUGAAGGGCAAGCCCGUCAAGGAAGUUAUUGAUGCUUAUCAGUCUGUUGGAGCAGACCUGAAUGUCCUUCCAUUCUGUACACAGUUGAUUCCUAUGGAUGUUAUUGAGGGUCCAAAGCAUGGGUCAAUUAUUUACCACCCAUCACUCCUUCCCCGUCACAGGGGAGCAUCUGCAAUCAAUUGGACUUUAAUUCAUGGUGACAAAAAAGCUGGAUUAACCAUUUUCUGGGCGGAUGACGGGCUGGACACAGGACCAAUUCUUCUGCAGCAGGAAUGUGAUGUUGCCCCAAAUGAUACUGUUGAUGACCUGUAUAAUCGCUUUCUUUUCCCAGAAGGAGUAAAGGCUAUGGUGGAAGCUGUGCAGCUAAUUGCUGAUGGUAAAGCUCCUCGGAUUCCCCAGCCUGAGGAAGGGGCAACCUAUGAAGGCAUCCAGAAGAAAGAAAAUGCAAGGAUUUCUUGGAAUCAGCCAGCAUCAGAUUUGCACAAUUGGAUUCGAGGGCAUGAUAAAGUACCUGGAGCUUGGGCUAUGAUUGACGGCCAGAUGGUUACCUUCUAUGGGUCCUCCUUACUUGAUGGCUCUGCCCCUCUGGGUGAAGAACUGGCAAUAGAAGGUGCUCCAAAAUCUGGUCUUGUAACUAAGAAUGGGCUGGUUCUUUAUGGCAGUGAUGGAAAGAUGUUGCUGGUAAGAAAUCUACAGUUUGAAGAUGGAAGGAUGAUUCCAGCAUCUAAAUAUUUCUCCAUGAAUGAGAUGUCUGCCUUAGAAUUUACCGAAGAGGAGAAGAAGAUGGCAGAAACUAUCAUGUCCAUUUGGAAGAGAAUCUUAAGCAAUGUGGCUGUAAUUGAAGACACCACUAAUUUCUUUAAAUCUGGAGCAUCCUCUAUGGAUGUUGUACGGAUGAUUGAAGAGAUCAAGCAAAAAUGUGAUGGGCUUGAGCUCCAGAAUGAAGAUGUCUAUAUGGCUCCUAAGUUUGGAGAUUUUAUCCAGAUGGUAGUCAGAAAACACAGGGGGGAAGAUGCAGAGGAAGAAUUCGUAAUAGAUUAUGUUAUAAAAGAUGUCAACAAGAUGACUGUGAAGAUGCCAUAUCAGUGCUUUAUCAAUGGACAGUUUGUGAAUGCUGAAGAUGGUAAAACAUACGACUCUAUCAAUCCAACAGAUGGAUCUGUGAUUGCCAAAGUGUCCUUUGCUACAGUGAGCGAUGUUGACAAAGCAGUCGCAGCAGCAAAAGAUGCCUUUGAACACGGUGAAUGGGGAAAGAUGAAUGCAAGAGAAAGAGGGAGGUUACUGUACAGACUUGCAGAUCUUGUUGAAGAAUACCAAGAAGAGCUGGCAACCAUUGAAUCUAUUGACUCAGGAGCUGUUUACACACUAGCUUUGAAGACCCACAUAGGAAUGUCAGUGCAAACAUUCCGAUACUUUGCAGGAUGGUGUGACAAAAUACAGGGUUCAACCAUCCCAAUUAACCAUGCACGUCCAAACCAUAACUUAACUUUUACUAAGAAAGAGCCUUUAGGCGUCUGUGCAAUUGUCAUUCCCUGGAAUUACCCACUGAUGAUGCUGGCAUGGAAGAGUGCGGCAUGCUUGGCUGCUGGCAAUACGCUAGUUCUGAAACCAGCACAGGUCACGCCACUGACUGCUUUGAAGUUUGCAGAGCUCUCUGUGAAAGCAGGAUUUCCCAAAGGCGUUAUCAAUAUCCUACCUGGUUCAGGUGGUUUAGUAGGUCAACGCUUGUCUGAACACCCAGAUAUUCGUAAACUUGGUUUCACAGGCUCAACACCAAUUGGGAAACAGAUCAUGAAGAGCUGUGCUGUCAGCAACCUAAAGAAGGUUUCUUUGGAAUUGGGUGGAAAAUCCCCACUGAUCAUAUUUAGUGAUUGUGAACUUGACAAAGCUGUAAGAAUGGGCAUGGGAGCAGUUUUCUUCAACAAAGGGGAGAACUGCAUUGCAGCUGGUAGACUUUUUGUGGAAGAAUCCAUUCAUGAUGAAUUUGUUCAGAGAGUGGUAGAAGAAACCAAAAAGAUGAAAAUUGGUGAUCCACUUGAUAGAUCUACAGACCAUGGGCCACAAAAUCACAAAGCACAUUUGGAAAAACUUCUGGAGUACUGUGAAACUGGACGUAAAGAAGGAGCUACGCUAGUGUACGGAGGAAGACAAGUAUGUAGACCAGGCUUCUUCAUGGAACCUACCAUAUUUACAGACGUUGAAGACUAUAUGCAUAUUGCCCAUGAAGAAUCGUUUGGUCCAGUAAUGGUCAUUUCCAAGUUCAAAGAUGGAGACGUGGAUGGGGUGUUAGAUCGUGCAAACAGAACAGAAUAUGGCCUUGCUUCGGGGGUCUUCACCAAAGACAUAAGUAAAGCUUUGUAUGUCAGUGACAGACUAGAAGCUGGAACAGUUUUUAUUAACACCUAUAACAAAACUGAUGUGGCAGCUCCAUUCGGUGGAUUCAAGCAGUCUGGCUUUGGAAAAGACUUAGGUGAAGAAGCUCUCCAUGAAUAUCUUAGAACAAAAGCUGUAACUGUGGAAUAUUAA